AUGGCAAAAUUUAUUCAGAGUGUGUUUAUUCUCACGGUUCUUAUAUGCUUCAACAUGAUAACUGGUGAAGAGGAAGUCACAUCUAAUGCGCCCGCCACUGGAAAAGAUAAACGCCGCGAUGAUGAGUACGAGUAUGAGAGUUAUGACGAGGAUCCAUCAGUGAUGGCAGACAAUGACAAAUCGGCGCAAAGGGAGGGACAUAGUGGAGCGGAAAAUAUAAAUGUGGCGGCAACGACGACAUUUGCGAUGCAAUGUUUCAUUAUGAAUAUUGAUGUUUUAUAA